AUGGCGCCUGAUCCCCGCCUAAGAACUCGUGGUCGGCAUCCAGCUGCUCAGCGCGUUCAUCGACACUCAGCACAUCGUUAUGUUGCUGGAAGAGGUGGAGGUGAAUCGGAGAUCAGUUGCUGUGUUAAGUAUUCUGUCUUCGGGUUCAAUGUUCUUUUUUUCCUAAUCGGGUUCGCAUUACUCUUGAUAGGUGUUUGGGCGCAAGUUGAGAAAAAUAACAUAUACAGCCACUUAAACAAGGCAUCGAAGCUAUAUUUGGAUCCUACUUACUUAUUAUUAAUCAUCGGGUUCAUUACUUUUAUGAUAGGGUUCAGUGGAUGUGUCGGAUCUCUGCGAGAAAAUACUUCCUUUUUAACAUUUUAUUCAACGUUACUAGGUUUACUACUCAUCGCAGAAUUUUCGGGUGCUGUGUUUGCUUAUGCUUGUCGUGAUCAAUUAGAUACUUAUAUCCGGAAUUUACUUAACGAUGUGGUAGUAGGAUACCGUGAUGAUCCUGAUCUCCAAGUGUUGAUUGAUACUAUGCAGGAGAGUUGGCACUGUUGUGGUAUAAAUGGGGCUGAUGAUUGGGAUAAAAACACAUAUUUUUCCAUAGCAGCAAGAAAGGUUGCUUCUCCUGAAGCUGGAGGUGUUCCUUUUUCAUGUUGUUUGAACAGCAGUCAACAGGCUUUCAAGAACUUCUAUUGCGGCCAUGGUGUUCGCUUAUCAAAGGAUGUGUCAAGCACAGCGGCCAGAAUCUAUACGGAUGGUUGCUUACCAAAACUACAGCUCUGGCUGAAUAACAAUGUUUUCUUAGUUGGAAUAACAUUAGUAAUCAUCGCUGUUGUUCAGAUUCUUGGCAUUUGUUUCGCUCAAAAUCUGAAAAGUGACAUCUUCGCUCAGCGAGCGAAAUGGUAUUAUACUCAUUAA